CACGGCAAGAACAUCUUCGUCUAUCACAACAUGCGGACCAACCAGGUGGUGUACUCGUUGACGAGAUAUUUGGAUGUGAGCACAACUCCCGAACCCACAACUUUCCCGAAGCAUCAAACAUGAAAGAAGAAGAAGGAGGAAAAAAAAACAAAAAAGAGAGAGAGACAACAAGAAUCACUUCCCCUCUUCUUCAGAAUAGCACACACUGACACACUCUCUUCUCUGUUACCUCUACAUUAGAAAAACAGUGUCCUCCGCCAAUUGGUCUACCACGGCAAGAAGACGGUGCCGGCGACCCUGCGCAAAGACAUGUGGGUCCCCUACUACAGCGUGCACUUCACGAGCGCGCAGCUCGGCCUGCGGGCCUACCACCUGCUGCGCGAGUUCGCGAUGCAGCGGCAGCUGGCCCCGCCGCGCGAGAUGGUCACCAUCACGGAGGAGUGGCUGGCGCAGAAGCGGCCGCGCGACCCGCACAAGGCCGAGGAGUUCGACAAGGAGUGGGCCGACAAGAAGGGGUGGCUGAUGAAGCCCAAGGACCGCGCCCGCGUCGUCAUGAACCAGAAGGCCACCUCCGUCGCCGACGUCGCCGCCGUCCUCGACAUCCAGGCCGAGGAGAUCGCCAACGGCUUCGCCAGCGGCCAGCGCGGCUACCUCGGCAAGGCCGCUCGCCGCCGCCGCCGCCAGGCCCGCAUCAAGGAGGCCGCCGUCGCCGCCCGCCAGGCCGCCCGCGUCGCCGACUUCGAGAAGGUCCUGAGCAAGCCCCAGAUCGACUACAAGAUCCAGGAGGUCGUCGAGGACGACCCCGCCACCGCCGCCCUGCUGCAGGCCGAGAACGGCGUCAAGAUCCUCUGGACCGAUCUCCACGAUGCCCAGUUCGCCGCCCAGUGGCCCGACCGCGUCCGCCACGGCGAGUUGGAUCUCACCCGCGACCAUGUCAUGCCCGGCCAGAAGCGCAUCCACACCGGCGAUAUCGAGAUCCUGGCCGACAACGCGUUCAAGGAGAAGGGCGUCGAGGCCGAGGCCGACGCCGUUCCUGAGAAGAACUAAGCAGCUCGCGGGAUGAAUUUUCCUUUUAUUUUGUACUUGAUGGCUUUCCCAAUGUGGGUGUGUGUGUGUCGAUAUACAUACUUGCGAAAUAACCGCCCUGUUCUUCUACAUGAUACAAAAUGUAUUUUUAGAUUUUAGUUUUUUUUCUCUCUCCCUGUUCGAGGAGAUGAUGCAAUGGCGUUUAGCACACAAACACUCAAUUGGAAUUGGU